ACUUAAAUAAAUUGUUAGAUAAAGCACUAUUUCUAACAAUUUAUUUUUACAUAGUAUUAUAAAAAAGUAAAACAAUUUAUUAUUAGCUAAUAGAAAUUAAAUAGCGCGCAUUGUUUCGGCUUAGUUUUAACAAAUAAUACAUUUUUAUAAUGUAUGAGUAAAUGGGGUUUCUAUAGUAGAUAAUAAAGUCAUACAUGUGUUUAUAACUUCUUCAAAAAAUGAUUAAUUACAGUUUACGACAUUUUUGACCUCAAAAUGCACUACAGAUCACAUAAUAAAAAUUAGCUCUAUAUCAUUUAGUUUCAUUAUCUACGCUAUUCAAUAUAAUUCGUUUUACGUUAACAGUGAUACAGUAAGUUCAUUGUUUAUUAUAUUUGUUUUAAUUAAUAUUUACAUAAUGUAAUUGUUCAAGUAUUACAAUUUUUUUAUACCUAUUAAAAGAUAUAUAAAAAAUAAUGUCAAAAUUUUUUACACAAACAGAUAAAAUUUUUAAUGGAACAAGUUCAAUUUAUUUAUGAUGAUUUAAAAGAUAAUAAUGAAAUCGCCAUUUUUGAAAGAUAUGGAAAUAUUGCGAAAUGUUAUACGAUUGCAUUUAUAAUAUGUCUUGUUUGCAGUUUAUUUAUUAUAAUUAACAUACAAUUGUGGCCAGAUUUUAUUAAUAUUAUUUUAUCCAUAAAUGAGUCUCAACCACGGCGUCUAUCAAUCGCAACGGAGUACUUUAUUGAUCAAGAAAAAUAUUACUAUUUAAUGCUAUUCCACUUUAAUGCAAGUAUAUGCAUAGGAUUUUUCUCAAUAGUAGCAACAGGAUCAAUGCUCUUUGCAUACCUUCAACAUGCAUGCGGAGCGUUCGAAAUUGCCAGUUAUCGUAUUAAGAACGCAAUAAAAAUUUAUAUACAAGAUAUUAAUCUAAAAAACAAAAUUUUGGUUUAUAAGAAUCUUAUUUCUGGUGUAAAUAUUCAUCGAAAAGCAAUAAUGUGGGUAUUUACAUUUUAGAUAAUAUCUUUAUGAAAUAUGCAAGAAUUUAUUUUUUUUAACGCAACUAAUACAGAAUGUGCUUUAUUUAUAGUUGAAUUACUUGUAAUUGAAUGUAAUAUUUAUUAGUAAUUUUUUUUAUAUAGCUUUCAAACUGAUGUGUGCACUGAAUAGAUUUUUAUUAAAACAUAAUUAUAGGAUAACUGAUAAACUGAUACAUGGCCUUAGUGGUCAAAUUGGCAGAGACACUUGUUCUGGAAAGUGCGGAAAGUUUUGAGUAUUUUGAGGUCUAGGUUUGAUUUCUGAUUUAGGUGUUAUUUUUUAUUUGCAACAGAAUUAAUUAUAGUAUUUAGAAUAAAAAGGAAAGCAAAUACUUGUUAGCAUUAUUAUUAUUAAAUUAAUUAUCAAUUUAAUAUUACUAAUCUAGUUUAUCUUAUAACUAUGUUUUAAAAACUGAAAAAUUUAUUUGACAUACAGUUCAAUGAAUUUGGAAAGAUAUAUAAAAUCACACAGAUAAAUAUCACCACAAAGAUCCAGUUAUGAUCGAAUAAAACACAUUCUCUAUUAGUUGUGUUUCUACACAUCAAUCUAUAUUCUCUUAUUAAAGAUAAUUUUUUCAUCUAUUAAAGGUUUUCCGAUUAUUUAAUAUCUAAUUUUGAGAUGUCAUUUAUGUUUUUAAUAGUGUUCCUAGUACUUUCUUUGAGUCUUAAUACUUUCCGUGUAAGUUACGUUUUAUUUAAAAAUUUAUAUACAAUAAAUAUUAUACAUUAUGUAUUUGUGUCAUUUUAUAUUA